ACAGUAGCUCCAUAAAAGCCAUCAGCCGUGGUCUUCGGUAGUUGUUUAUUUCCGCCCAGUGUACGUUUUGGGGAGUGAGACCACAUUUAGUACUGCACGACUGCCAUACACAAGACAGAAUGUGGCGGCUGGCGUUCCUGUGUGUGAUCUCAGCCCUUUCAGUGAGCUGGGCCCGACCUCGCCUCCCUCCCUUGUCCCAUGAGAUGGUCAACUUCAUCAACAAAGCAAACACUACUUGGACGGCUGGACAUAACUUCCGUGAUGUGGACUACAGCUAUGUAAAGAAGUUGUGUGGGACUUUUCUGAAGGGUCCCAAACUCCCUGUCAUGGUUCAAUAUACAGAGGGCCUCAAGCUCCCAAAAAACUUUGAUGCAAGAGAGCAGUGGCCCAACUGCCCCACACUCAAAGAGAUUCGAGACCAGGGUUCUUGCGGUUCAUGCUGGGCAUUUGGAGCUGCCGAAGCUAUCUCAGAUAGAGUAUGUAUCCACAGUGAUGCCAAAGUGAGUGUGGAGAUCUCCUCUCAGGAUCUGCUAACCUGCUGUGACAGUUGUGGCAUGGGAUGUAAUGGUGGAUACCCGUCUGCUGCUUGGGAUUUCUGGGCCACAGAGGGUCUGGUCACUGGUGGACUCUAUAACUCCCACAUUGGCUGUCGUCCAUAUACCAUUGAACCCUGUGAGCACCAUGUGAAUGGCAGUCGCCCUCCAUGUUCAGGAGAGGGUGGAGACACUCCAAACUGUGACAUGAAAUGUGAACCUGGCUACAGCCCCUCUUACAAGCAAGACAAACACUUUGGGAAGACGUCCUACAGUGUGCCAUCUAAUCAAAAUAGCAUCAUGGCUGAGCUCUUCAAGAACGGUCCAGUAGAGGGAGCCUUUACGGUCUAUGAGGAUUUCCUGCUCUAUAAAUCUGGUGUAUACCAGCACAUGAGUGGAUCUCCUGUAGGUGGUCAUGCCAUUAAAAUUUUGGGCUGGGGAGAGGAAAAUGGUGUCCCCUACUGGCUAGCUGCUAACUCCUGGAACACCGACUGGGGUGAUAAUGGAUAUUUCAAGAUUCUCAGAGGCGAGGACCACUGUGGAAUUGAAUCUGAAAUCGUGGCUGGAAUCCCAAUGUAAAAGGAAAAAGACAAUCUAAAAGAAGCCCCUGAUCAAAUGUUAUAAGCUGACUGCCAUUCUCUGUCCAUGGUACAUUUUAAGUAUUGUUAAUGUUCAGUUUUUAUAGCUAUUUUGCAUUUGGAGGGGACCCUUGUUCAGGCAAGGUUUUUAGUACAUGCCUUUCAUGCAGCGCAAAAUUUAAUUGGACCUGCUCAUUGGACUUUUUUAAACUGCUGACUAUAAGAUUUUAGAACAAAUUGAUUCCUCAAUGCCACAAGUUUCAGUGUAUUUGGCUUGAAUUGUUGAACGGGAUUUUUACUUUGUUUUAAUACAUGAUUUAGAAUAUAAUAAAUAAUAAAACAAAAGCA